AUGUUGGAUAAGAAGAAGGCAGAGGAAAAGUGGUGUAUUGGUGACGGUAGGAACAUUAAGGUUAUGAACGAACCUUGGAUUCGGGGAGAUAGAGAGGGCUGUUUGAGGGCUCCCCAAAAUCAAGGUGUGUAUAAUAUAACUGUUAAUGAUCUCUUGAUUCCUAAUGUUAAACAAUGGAAUAUGCGAGUUUUAUGUGAUCUGUUUGAUAAUACAGUUGUUAAAGACAUUAUGCAAGUUCCGUUGGCUGAGGAAGUGGUGGAAGACCGGCUGGUUUGGAAAGAUGAGGCUAAUGGUAAUUAUAGUGUACGGUCGGGUUAUAGGAUAUGGAGGAAACAUCAUGAUAGGGUGGACUCGGUAAAGGAAGGUAUGAAUUGGAAUAGUUUGUGGAGAAUUUUAGCUCCGGCUAGAGUUAUACAUCUCAUAUGGAGAAUUUGCAGUGAUUGUCUUCCGUCGAAGGUACGCCUUGUUAAUCAUCAUGUGCAAUGUUCUCCUGUUUGUCUACUUUGUGGUAAUAACUAUGAGGACGAUUGGAAAAUUGCUGGGAGAGUUGCAGUUAUGUUGGAAGGUUUAUGGAAGAAUAGAAACGACUUUGUUUGGCAUAAUGAAAAGGAAGAAGCUUCUAAGCUUGGUUGGCUAGCCUUUCAUAAGUGGCAAGAGUGGUUCACAACUCAAAAUCCUAGAGACAUACAAGGUGUUAGCGGUAACUUGGUCAAUUGGUCCCCUCCUCCUUUUGGAUGGUUAAAAUGCAAUGUUGAUGCCGCCUUCAAUCAGCGGUUAGGGACUACAAAUCGCGGUUGGUGUAUUCGAAACGAUCAAGGUAAUUUUGUAGCUGCUGGUACUGCUUGGGACGAGUGCACUUUCUCCGUCUUAGAGGCGGAGGCCUUAGCUCUUAAAGAGGCUAUCCAGGUGGUAAAUGCCAUUGGCUCUAAUUUAGGGUGUAAUUCGGAGUUCUCGUUAAUUAUAAAGUCUGUUAAGCUGUUGUUGUUAGAUAUUCCAAACUUUGAGGUUAAGUUUUCAAAGCGUCAAGCGAAUAUGGUUGCCCAUACCUAA